AUGACAUCGCAGGAGGAUUUUCGCAGUUUCAUGAAGGAUGCACCAACGGAGGAUCUCACUGGCUCAGGGAUCGUGCACCACUCAGACAACAGUACAUCAGGAGAAUCACCAAGGCAACGUUUAGCCGGAACGUCGCCAAGAUUGAGGCCAAGGCGCAUGGCCGGAGAUUCGAGCGGUUGCUUCAAGAAAUUCAAAAUCCCUCGGCAAGAUUCUUCCGUAGUUCUUUCAGGUAUUUUAUAA